AUGAUCAACUUUACAGUCCUACAGACCGAUGUCAAUGACAGUCUUCCCACCAUACUGGUACCGAAACCCAACGAGACCACCAUCAUCCACAUCGAAGUUCCUAAAGGGGUUUUCCUAUUCUUGUGUAUUCUCAGCUUGUUGGAAAACAUCUUGGUGGUUGUGGCCAUUGCAAAAAAUCACAACCUCCACUCUCCUAUGUACUACUUCAUCUGCUGCCUGGCCGCUUCUGAUAUGCUUGUCAGCAUCAGCAAUCUCAUCGAGACGGUGAUCCUGGUCUUGCUGAGCCAUGCCGUCAUAGGCUACAAUGAACCAAUGGUCAAGAUGAUGGACAACAUUGUGGACACCAUGAUCUUGUGCUCGCUGGUGACAUCACUAUCAUUUCUUGGAGCCAUUGCUGUAGAUCGCUACGUCACAAUCUUCUACGCUCUGAGAUAUCACAACAUCAUUACCCAACGAAGAGUAAUCAAUGCCAUCGCCGGGAUCUGGUUGGCCAGUACCGCCUGUAGCAUUACAUUCAUUGUGUUUUCCAACAGCCACGUCGUCAUAUUUUGUCUUAUUGUGUUUUUCAUCUUCAUGUUGGUUUUAAUGUUGGGCCUCUACAUCCACAUGUUUAUCUUGGCCAGACGCCACUCACAGAGCAUUUCGGCCCAACAGAAAGCCAAGCUAAGGGGAGCCAUCACCCUAACAAUAUUACUUGGUAUCUUCUUCCUUUGCUGGGGACCAUUCUUCCUUCAUCUUACCUUAAUCGUCUCCUGCCCCAAGCACCCAUUCUGCCUCGGAUACUUUAAAUAUUUUAACAUCAGUUACGUCCUGAUCAUUUUUAACUCCAUUAUCGACCCCAUAAUCUACGCGUUCCGGAGUCAGGAGCUGAGGAAAACCUUAAGGGACAUUGUGUUUUGCUCCCAAUGA